AUCCUAUUUUCAUGGUUAUCAAUUUUUAUCUUCCCGCCAAAAACCCUUAAAAUUUGUUUGGUUUAAUCAUUUAUUAAGCUUGUUUCUUUCAUAUUUUUGUACCCUUUUGCAAGAUUUUGCUCAUUUAGUGUUUAGAUCACUUGCGUCGCGUAUAUCCGAGUCAAAGGGAAAGCCUCAUUCGUUUUUGUUUAUUGAAUAUAUAUACAUACUCAAAGUUUGAAACUUUUUUGUAUCUAAUGGCAGGAUCUUCAAAGCAAAGAGAUGGGUUUUCUUUGGAUUUUUGUGAAAUCCUAAAAAGGUUUGACAAAUUUAGGGUUUUAGUAAAAUGUGGAGUUAUUGAUUAUAAGUUUAGUAAAUUGUUCAAUUGUUUGCUAUUAAAGUACUUGAUUGAGUGCUUUUAUGAGAGUUAUAGUAGGUUUAUGCACACAAACACACAUAUAUAGUAAAGUACUUAAAUACGGCCUAUUUGCUAAGGAAUCUUGGCUGGAUUCUAAUUUUUCGGCGAUUUUAAAGCUUGUAUCUUGAAGGGGGGUUUAAAAUUUAUGGAUUUGGAACAGUUUUUUAUGGAUGUUGAUGUUAUAGAUGAAAAUAAGUUUGUAGGGUUUAAGGAUGUUGGAAGUAAAGAUUGUUGUGUUGGUGAAAACUUUGGUGUUACUGAAUUAUGUGUUGGUAUUGAGGAAGAGAAGGAGUUGAUUAGAAAGAGGAAGAAAGAGUGUUAUUUGCCUUUGUUGGAUUGGGUGAAACGAGUAGCGAAAAAUCCGUGUGAUCCUGCAGUUGGGUCGAUGCCAUCCAGUUCUAAGUGGAAGGCUUAUGGAAGUGAUCAUGUAUGGAAGCAGGUUUUGUCAGCGAAAGAGGCAUUGAGGGUGAAGGUUAAUGACCAUCCAAAUACUAAUCAAUCUGUUUGGCAGAAGAAGCGAAAGAUGCAUCCAGACAUGUAUGAUGACCGACUCACGAAAUCAACCCCAAGAUGCAGUCAGAGGCUGGUUACUGUUAAAGUGACGCGGUCAAUCAUUUUGUCUAGAAAACUGCAGGUUCGAGAUUGUUCAGAGUCGUCAUCCAACGGGAGCCCGAGUGAUGCAGAGGACGAAGAUUCUCUCUGGGCCACCAAAUACAGGAGAAAACGCAUCCCAGUGGGUCACUCUUUUCAAGCAGAAACACCACACUGGCCUGGAGAAAAAACAUAUGAAAGUGAAACAAAAUGGCUAGGUACCCGUGUUUGGCCUCUAGAAGAAACUGAAAAGCGAACCAGUUUUAUUGAGAGGGAACCAAUUGGAGCAGGAAGACAGGGCUCAUGUGGCUGUGAAUUUGUAGGUUCUUCGGAAUGUGUUAGAUUUCAUAUUGCUGAAAAAAGAUCCCGGGUCAAAAUUGAAUUGGGUUCGGCUUUUACUAAAUGGAGAAUUGAUACGAUGGGUGAAAUAGUUUCUCUCGAAUGGACAAAAAAUGAAGAAAAGAAGUUUGCAGAUAUAAUCAAGUCAAACCCUGAGUCUUCAGGUAGGAGUUUUUGGGAUGAACUAGUGACAUAUUUCAAGAACAAAACAAGAACGGCUCUUGUGAGCUACUACUUCAAUGUCUAUUUGGUAAGACGUAGGGCCUACCAGAAUCGGGCUGAUCCAAGUAAUGUUGAUAGUGAUGAUGAUGAACUUGAGAAAGUUGGGCAUGACCUAAACAAGUCUACAGAAUUCAUCUUAAGCUCUCCGAAGAAGGUACAUUUGAAUAUUACAUGAUACUCUUAACACCUUAGUUCGUUCUUUUUUGGUAUAAAGUUUGACGUCCAAGUAUAGACCUGUCGAUAUUUUUGUUGAUUGAUUUAACAAAAGAAUGAGCUGAAAAUUUUGAAGUUUUUACAUGUACUGGUGUAAAUGAAAAGGAGGCAUAGGUUGAGGGCUUUUUAAAGCUUGCAUAGACAUUGACAUUUUUGUUGCAUUUGUUGAAAUGUAGGCGCCAAUUGCUUUGUUACUCUUAUUGCUUUUCCAGAUGAUAUGUCAUUUUUCAUACUUGGGUU